AUAAAUGUUUACAGCGUGGCGUACAAAUCGCCAUCACUCCUCUGCAGUAGCUCCGUCCUACAUAAACCAAAAGGACUGACCGCUGAUCGAUCGCCAGACAAUUGACAGAAGAGGCCGAGAUCGAUCGGAUGGAGAGAUCGUCCUUGAGCAAGCUCUCCGACUGCUUCACUUGCGACUCUCUGCUUCACCAGGGCAAUGUGCACUCCGGCGACGCCGCCCGUGGCGGCGGCGGCGGUGGCAGCGGCGGAGACAAGACCAAGCCGGAGAAGAGGGAGCCGCAAGGGUGGAAGUGCAUGCCUUACAUUAUCGGAAACGAGAGCUUCGAGAGGGUGGCGUCGUACGGGCUGACGGCCAACUUGACGGUGUACCUGGUGAAGCGCUUCCACGUCCAGCAAGUGGCGGCGGCCAACAUCGUCAACAUCUUCUCCGGCACCACCAACUUCGCUCCGCUCGUCGGCGCCUUCGUCUCCGACGCCUACUGCGGCCGCUUCCGCACCCUCGCCUACUCCUCCAUCGCCACCUUCCUGGGCAUGGUGAUCCUCACGCUCACUGCUGUAAUUCCCCAACUCCGGCCGCCGAGCUGCUCCACGGCGGCCGAGCAAGUAGGUGGAUGCAUAGGCCCCUCCCACGUCCAGCUGGCUGUCCUCUUCCUCUCCCUUGCCUUACUCAUCGUCGGCUCCGGUGGAGUCCGUCCCUGCAGCCUCCCCUUCGGCGUCGACCAAUUCAGCCGCGACACCGAGCAGGGGCGGCGCGGCCUGAACAGCUUCUUCAACUGGUACUAUUGCACCUCCACCGUGGCGGUGGUCGUGGCGAUGACGGCGGUAGUGUACGUGCAGGACAGCAUCAGCUGGCCCCUCGGCUUUAGCAUCCCCACCGGGCUGAUGCUGCUGUCCAUCGCCUUAUUCUUCGCCGGCGUCAGGUACUACGUCUACGUUCCGCCGGAGGGCAGCGUCUUCUCCGGCAUCGCGCAGGUCUUCGUGGCCGCCGUCCGGAAGCGGAACCUUCCGCUCCCGGCGCCGGACGAUGCAGCGGCGCAGGAGAAGCUCUUGUUCAACAACACGGGGAGGAAGAAUGCCAGGGCCAUGAAUCUUCCACUCACACUGCAGUUCAGGUGCUUGAACAGAGCUGCGAUCAUAUGCGAGGGCGAAGUGAAGGAGGACGGCGGCGCCGCCAACACGUGGCGCCUCUGCAGCGUGCAGCAGAUCGAAGAGGUGAAAUGCCUGAUCCGCAUCGUCCCCGUUUGGGCCUCCGGCAUCAUCUGCUUCCUCGCCCUGACGCAGCAAUGGACCUUCGCGGUGCUCCAGUCCCUCACAAUGGACCGCCACCUCGGCCGCAGCUUUCAGAUCCCUCCCGGCUCCAUCCCCAUCAUCGCCCUCGUCGCCCUCGCCCUCUUCAUCCCCGUCUAUGACCGCCUCCUCGUCCCCGUCGCCCGCCGGAUCACCGGCAUCGACAGCGGCAUCACCCUCCUCCAGCGCCAGGGAACAGGGAUGGUCAUCGGCGUCGCAUCGAUGGCGGUGGCCGGGAUAGUGGAGAAGAAGAGGAGAGACUCCGCGCUGGCCCACGGCGGCGUCUUCUCGCCCCUGUCGGCCAUGUUGCUGGCGCCGCAGCUGUGCCUCGUCGGCGUGGCGGAGGCGUUCAACGCGGUGGGACAGAUCGAGUUCUACAACCGGCAGUUCCCGGAGCACAUGCAGACCCUCGCCGGAUCCCUCUUCUACUGCACCCUCGCCGGCGCCAACUACCUCAGCGCGGUACUCAUCGCCGUCGUCCAGAAGAGAACCAGUUGGCUGGACAACAACCUCAACCAGGGGCGAGUGGACUACUACUACUACAUCAUCGGCGUCUUGGGCGCCAUCAAUUUCCUAUACUUCUUAGUGUGCGCUCAUUACUAUCGCUACAAGGGAACUCCGGAGGCGGCUGCAAGCGACAAGGACGGCCAUGGCGGUGCCGCCGAAGGCAGCAACAGCACUGUGUGAAUCGAGAAGCCUACUAUACUUGAGUCCUGGAGGAGGAAGAUCAAGGUGUAAUUGUUUGCUAUAUUUAUAGACAGAUUGAAGCUUGUAAGUCGUUCAAACCGAAGAAAAAGUAACCCAAUUCGUGUGUAUUUGUGUGCGACUCCACCCAAGGCAACAAGGAGGGAAAAAAACAUGAGAAGAGUGUUGUUCUGUGUUGUAUAAAAUACAGUAUAUGGUUAUGAAGGAAACAAAUGAGUAUAUUAUUGUUUUUCUCUA